AUGGAAUUGAUACAUCUUUACCAUUUACAAUUUAAAAAAAUAUUUUCUUAUGUUACAAAAGAAAGGAAAAGAGAACUUAUAAAUGAAUUAAAUGACAACGGAUGCCCAAAACUAAUUCAGUUUACGCAGAAUUUUGAUGAGACGACUAGAAACGAUAAUAAACAACAGAAUCUGAUAUUUGUAACUGAUUUAAAUUGUCCUGAAAGCAGUAAGUUAAUAAAACGAGCAAAUCGUACCGAGAUAUUCCGCAGUCCGUACAGAUGGCUUGUAAUCGGCAAUUAUGACAAAAAUAAGGAAGAAAUUUUAAACUAUCUUACACAUUAUCACAUAUUGAUAGAUUCACAUUUCAUUUUAUCUAUAAAAGAAGCCGAUGUCUUCACGUUGUAUUUACCUUACAAACAGACAUCUAAUAGCAGUGAAUGGAAAUUAGAAAGCUUCGGUACUUGGACUGCUCGACAUGGAUUAAAUAAAACAAGCAAUAUGGCUGUUGAAACGUCAAUUAGACGGAAAAAUUUAGGUGGUCUACUGAUCUCAACCUCUAUAGUUAUGGUGGGAGAUAUACAUAUAAAGCUUAUAGCAAAAGCUAGUAUCAACCAAUUGGAUCCCUUAUACAAUUUUUUAAAUGCGUCAGGACAUUUUAUUUAUACGGAUAAUUGGGGAUAUUUUGUAAACGGAUCAUAUAAUGGUAUGAUCGGUGAUGUCGUGCGUGGAGCUGCUGAGCUUACAGGCACACCACUGUUCAUAACGGAAUCAAGAAUAAGAGUUUUGGACUUCUUAUCGUCCCCAACGAAAUCAACAGUGAAAUUCGUGUUUCGUCAGCCAAGUCUAUCGUAUCAGAACAACUUAUUCAUUCUUCCAUUCAAACCUCAAGUGUGGUUAUGUAUUCUCGGGCUUACGAUACUGAUGACAUUUAUAUUAUUUGUAAACGCUCGAUGGGAGAACAUUAAAUCUGAUUCGCAAGAGGUAAGUAAAACUUUCGAUAAAACGUCUUUAACGCCGAAAAUGAGCGAGAUCUCUCUUAUGAUUAUUGGCGCUAUUACUCAACAAGGAAGCUAUGCCGAACUUAAAGGAACUCUGGGACGAGUAGUGAUGUUCCUAAUGUUCUUAUCUUUCUUAUUCCUCUAUACGUCGUAUUCAGCCAACAUUGUUGCGUUGUUGCAAUCCAGCUCAAACCAAAUAAAGACAUUAGCUGACUUAUUGAAUUCUAAACUAGAAAUGGGAACUGAAGACACUCCAUAUAAUAGACAUCACUUUACGACCGCCACUGAACCAGUUAAGAAAGCCAUUUACGAGAAAAAAAUAGCACCUCCCGGAACGAAACCAAAUUUUAUGGAUUUGGAAGAUGGUGUCAAGAAACUACAAAAAGAACCGUUCGCCUUUAAUAUGUUCGUUGGACUCGGGUACAAGUUAGUGGAGAAAUAUUUCCUAGAGCACGAGAAAUGUGGUCUACAAGAAAUUGAGUACAUUGAAGAAAACAAGCCAUGGUACACUUGUCGUAAAAACUCUCCAUUUAAGGAAAUGUAUAAGAUUGGGUUACUUAGAAAUCAUGAACAUGGCAUGAUUUCACGAGAAAAUAGAUUAAUCUACACCGAAAAACCAGUUUGUAUUGUCCACGGUGGAACAUUUGAUUCCGUUAAUAUGACAGAUUUCUAUCCUGCUCUGUUGAUGCUCGUUUACGGAAUAGUAUUAUCUCUGGUUUUAUUAAUACUAGAAAUAUUACAUUGGCGGCGUAGUCGAGUUACAUCUACAAAAUAAAAUAAUACCUGCUUUUUAUUAUUCUUAAAAUACUAUGUGAUUAUGUAAUUGUAAUCAUGUUGCACUAUAAAAUCAAACAUUUACUAAAAAAAAUCACGAUUUUUUUCACUAAUGUUGUAGCGAACAGUAGGAAUAUUUAACACUAUAAAUAAAAUAUUACAGUUCAA